GACAAUCUUUUGCUCAUAGAAUGCCAAGGUGUGCAUUUUGAUUGACAGCUGUACGUUUUACCACACAGAGUCUGAUUUAUUUUACUUCAUAAUAUUUGUUUCCCGUUUCUAAUCAGAAGUUAUUAAGCAGUUAAUCUUUGGCAUUGAAGAUAUUGUAACCAGAGACCAGUCUGUUUUAAUAGUUAAACUUGACAACCUCUGUAAACAAUGGCUUUUAUGAUGCCAGUUGUUAAAGGCGAAUACGAGAUUUAUCCAAAUCGGUCCCGAAGAGGUAGUGCUUGUAGCCAAUCUCGGUCUAGAAGAGGAACCCAAGUCGAGUCUAGCUUGUCCUGCUCUCCUGAAAGUGAUGUAGAGGAGAGAAUGGCAGCCAUUGUUAGUCUCGAACAUGAGAGCAAAGAACAUAAUAGUUCCCAUAGUAUAUCAGGAAGUCAGUCUCUCAAAUCAGCUUCCAAUACUUCGCUGGACAAGUUUCAUUGUCGACUUGUGGACAAACUGAAGAAGAAGCUGCGAAUUGACUCUGGUGUCAACCAAGAUGAUGUUUUAAAUUCGUCUUCUGGAAGUGGCCCUAAAUGAGGAGCUGGUUGGAACAGUGUACGAAGUGCGUUUCUUUAUUGACUGAAGGACGCCAUUGAAUAAUGCUGUUACAUCUCUUGACCAACGGUGCAUCAUUCCCAGGAUAUUGUAUUUCCAACUUCCACAAUUUUGUAAAUAUUGUAUCUAAAUGUCUUGAUACUCAUGUGAUAUAUAAGCUGAUUUAGAAGGUUGAGUUUGGGGAAGUGUAUUCGGAACAUCUUAGAGGAAAUAGCUUGGUUUGUGUGCAACAGUUUGACCAAGUAUCUCGUGGUUUAAAUCUUGUUUACGUGUGAAACAUUUGCUUGUAUUUAGAGAGGAA